UAGCAUGAUCCUUGUGUGUUCUGGACAAGGGGGUGCAUGGGUGAAACAUGGCCGCCGUAGACCCAGCGGAGUCUCCGAAACGACAGAAAUCCCCUACGGAGGAGGUGGAAACAUCUGGGGGGAAGACCGAGACGGUGGAGUCGGGAUGCAGCUUAAACCCGAAAGAUGAAACGACACUUAAUAAAACCACCGAGAGCCCUGACGAUGAGCAGAGAUCCAGUGAGGGUAACGACGGCGACUGUAUUGCCAGCCAUUCUGAGGUUAAUGUCGAGUCCGGUGCUGGAGCCGAAAAAACGACAUGUAAAUCAACGGAGGACCUAACAUCGGCGGAAAAAAUGGCCGAGGCUCCUGCCAGCGACCAGCGGGAUUUCGACUGGUCUGAAACUGAAGAAGACGACGAAGAGGCGAAAACACACAAGAAGGAAAAUGAUAAGUCUGACCUCAAUAAUGUUGCAGAGAGUGCUGGAGUGGUGCAGCAGGAUACACAUGUUGAUGAUAACAUUACAGCGGAUGCAACUGAGGAGGAACCAUCACAUCCUGAUGAGAAGAUCGCAGAGAAUCAUCUGGCUGAGGAGCUGGUGGGAGAAGUCGUCGGGACAGAAGAUGUGGUUGAUAUAGAUGAAGAGGCAGACCGAGAAGAGGGCGCUAGUUUGACAGCUAAGCCCAAAAAGUGCCGUUUGGAGUGCAAGGAGUGCGGUAAGAGGUUCACCCGACGCGAGACCUUCAACCUUCACCGUCACUUUCACGCACACGAGGAUGAGCUCACUCCCCUCACCUGUAAAGAAUGCGGCCUUACCUUUCAGCACCGCAGCAGCCUCAUCAAACACAGAAAUGAACAUAAAGAGAAGGAGGAACAACUUGCUACUCCAAAGGUGGAGGGUCGUUUUAAAUGUGCAGAAUGUGAGAGGAUCUUCUCCACCGUGGAUAAGCUGAGGGACCACAACUGCUGCAACAUAGUAGAAAAGCCUUACCACUGCCCCCUGUGCCGCCAAGAGUUCCAGUUUAAGGUGUCUGUCACUAAGCACAUGAUGAUCCACUCCCGUGAGAGCACCUUUUCAUGCCAAGAGUGCAGCCAAACGUUCCCAGACAGCAUGACACUGCGCUACCACCAGCGAUGUCACACCGCCCUGAAACCCUACGAAUGCCCAGAGUGUGGAUUGGUUUUCAAACACUACUCCGUCAUGGAGGACCACCGUCGCAAGCACACAGACAACACUCGCUCUCACCUGUGCAACAUCUGUGGUAAGACCUUCAAGUACAGCAGCCUCCUCCAUCAGCAUCAGUAUUUGCACACAGGCCAGAAGCCUUUCCGCUGCCCUGAAUGUGGUAAAACAUUUGCCUUUGCCCAGAACAUGAAGGCACACUGCCGCCAGCACAGACUGCGCGAAACCAACUCCUCCACUGAGCAGCCCAGCAAGCCGCCUCCUGCGUCUGCACAGGAGGCAGUUAAAGGGCCGGGGAAAGAGAACACGCACCAGAGCGAGGAACCGAAACGCACAUUCAACUGCCCCCUCUGUCCCCAGACGUACUUAAUACCAGCUAACCUGAGAGCCCACAUGCUUAUUCAUGAGGCCGAGUAUGAAACGUUGGAGAGAACACCAAGACCCCCAAAGGAGAAUGACAAGCACUCGGAAAAAGGACACUCCUGUCCCCACUGCCCAUGUGUUUAUCGUGAUGAAGUCAGUUUAAAUUUACAUCUCUUAAGUAUCCACAAGUCUGUAGCACAACAUUUAGAAAAGGUGGAAACGCCACCUAAAGAUCAAUGUACUCCAUUAAGCAGUGAUAAUGCACAGGGGAAAUGGGGAAGCGAUGGCAUAAGUAUUAAGUCGUACAAGUGUUCAGAGUGUGGAAAAACCUUCCGCCACCGCUCGGUGUUAGAGCUGCAUAUGCGCAUACAUUCCAAGGACAAGCCUUACCAGUGCAAAGUGUGUGGCAAGGGCUUUAGAUUCGGUAGCUACUUGCAGCAACAUCUCAUCAUCCAUACAGGCAAGAAGCCAUACAAAUGUCCCGACUGUGGGAAGGACUUUGCCUUCCUGCAGAACAUGAAAACACAUCAAAAGCUGCAUCAGGAAAAACCAUUCCGCUGCACCAGCUGUCGCAAAGGCUACAGCGACGAGACCCAACUGCAGCACCAUAUGUUAUCACACAAUGGCGACAAACCUCAUAAGUGUGACCAGUGCGACAAGAGCUUCGGAUUAGCCUAUCUGCUCCGGGAUCACAUGAACACACACACGGGAGAGAGACCUCAUCGCUGUGAUGAGUGUCACAAAACUUUUUCUUGGUUUAGCAGCCUGCUAGUCCACCAGAAGAUCCAUUCUCGCAAGCGCCAGGGUUUCAGCCAGUUUAAUUCUUUCCCAAUGGGUGCGAGGAUGAGAGGCAUGGGGAGGAGAGGGGGGAGGCCCAUGUGGGGCUGGUCUCGACCAUUAGGAGGCUCUGGGAUGGUUAGCUCUCAGCCGUAUCCAGUUUCUGCACUGAGAGAUGCUGAGUUGCACAGGAGGGUGGUCCAGCCAAAGCCUUCCAUGCUCUCACCUCGCAUAGAUGUACAAAGUAGACCGCAGAAGGAGCCGUGGCUGCCUGAGCUACACCCUCAACCGGUGCAGUGGAAGGUGGACGGCGGAGAGGUAAUGCCUGUCCCGUCGUCACAGCAGCAACACGCAGCUCCACAGCAGAUACAGUUUGACAGCGCACCAAAGCCCGGCCUGCAGCAGCACCAUCAGAGAAGUCCAGGCUGGGCAGAUAUCCCUUUGGUAGCUCAGUCAGGCCCCACAUCUGCUCCAAGUUCAGAGUCGUCACACAUGAAGGAGAGCACAGCUGCUAUUGUCAGCUCCCACAUGACAGCUGUGACAAAAAAAUCCAGCCCAUCAACAGUGACUGAGAUGGAGCAGCACAGGCAGCCCUUGCCUCUUAUUUGGAGUAGCCCAGCCACGGCCACAGCCACAGUGCUGGCUUCCACCAGCUCUUUGCAACAUGAUUUUCCUACUCCCUUGUCUUACAUAGAUGGGGCGGCUCUGUGGAGCAUCAGACCUGCUCUACUAGCAAAUUCACGGAGCUCUCCGAAUAUGCUCGGUCAAGAGCUUCAGCUUCCAAGAUGGGCAGGUGUCCCCUUGUCAAUACAAAAGGAGCCAUCCACGCCAUCUAAAAAAGAGGACACUAGAGUGUGGGAUCUGAGUAAUCCUCAAGUAAUACCGUCAACUGUUAUUCAGUCAGAGAAGCCAUGGAACGGCUGUGAUCUGCAAAAGCAGUGGGUUUCUGGUUUAGCAGGUGUGUCCACCUCAGCUCAAAUAGACCAAAGCAGUGCUAUGCCAAUUUCAACUCCUGUUUCUCACGGGGUAGGUAGCACCUUGUGGGACUUGCAAACACCACCGGGAAUUCCAAAGACUAUAAACCCUGAGAAAUUAGUAAAUACUCAAGAGUUUCAGCUGCAGCAAAAGCAGGUGUCAUCUGCCUGGGCCAGUGUGCAGAGUCAGGCAACAACGCAAAAGGUUCCCCUCUCCAUUCAAUACGAGCCUCAUCGUUUUGGCCAGGUGUUAGGAACACCAGUAUGGGGCUUCCAAAGUAAUCAAACACUGCUCACCGGGCAACUCAAACCAGGAAAUGGACAGGAGCUGCAGCAACAGCCGAUGGUAACAGGCACUCAAAUAAUCAUAAAUCAGCAGUCUCCUUUUUUCUCAGCUCCCCUUGCUCCGCUCCCUCCUCUUGCUUUGCCUGGCCCACACCCUCUCCACUCUGUCACAGUUGGCUCACUUUCAAGAUCUCCACACCCAAAUAUUUUUUUCACACCACGGGCAGUAAUGAGCGAGAGACCACACAUGCCACAGACCCUGCCCCUACCUCAGCUCGCCCCACGGACAGAACCUCACAAACUCGGUCCCCGUUUGCCUUUUGCCCCAGAACGGCUUCUGCAGUGCAUGAUAUGCGGGUGUUCUCUUCCCCGGGAGCUGGAUCUACAAAUGCAUUACUUGCAACAUGCACAAGGAGAGAUUUGACAUUUCUAUACUAUUAGCAACAAUAUUUAGUUAUGUUUUUUUAAUCAUUUUUAUUAAUUGGAACCUCAUUUAUUCGACCCUCAUUUGUGCAGUUUCACCAGUUGAGUGGACGGGUAUAAGAAGGGAAAAAAUAACAAAAGUGAAACUUGAUUCAGUCUGUGCACUUGAAUCGUGUUUAAAUCAUGUUCAGCUCAGAAUUAGACUGCACAGAGCGUUGUUUGUAAUCGAGGGUGAAUACAGGUGCCAAUAAAUGAGUUUCACCGUCUUUAAAUGCAUAUAAGUUAUCCAAAUACUUAACUGGUUUAAGCAGCUUCUGAGGAGUGCAGAUUAAUGAGGUUCUACAGCCUACAUUUCAUUUAUUGCCAAUGACCUUUAGAUUUAGAUAAUAUUAGUACUUUUAUAGCUCUGUUCAUAUGUCCUGAACCAUUUGAACUGUGUUUCUUCAUGUACAGUAUACUGUGUGCCUUUUUAUGAGUACAGUCUGCAUGUCUGCUGUCUUGGUAUUUUAGGCCUAGUUUGUGCUGAAGGUAGACUCAACAAUGUCACCUCGCUCCCAAAACACAGAGCAACUCUUUCUAAGAUACCGUGAAAGAAGUGUAAGCUGUUGCUUUUGAAGAGCAGAGGAUGGGGUUACUGUUACAGAUGGACAGCUGGCUGGCUAUUGGCUGGGUCCAAAUAUCUCACAAGUAAACAUCUCAUGAUGGUAAUUUGGUCAACACGAAAGUAUCUGUAAACAUAAUGUGACGGUUACAUGUAAAUGUCAUUUCACAGUCAGAGUUUUCUGUAAAUUUAACUCUUGAGUGAUUAUUGGGAACAGGGAGAAAGUAGCGUCAUUACAUAAGUAUUGAUGACCCUGUUGUCAGAUAGUGACUUUUGUAAUAAAUCAAACUUGGAUUUAUGUGC